AUGGCGCAAAAUAAGCCACACAGAGAGAAGAAAGGGGGCAGGCUUGACGCAUGUGAUCGGCGAACGGAGCCGAGUAGGAACGAUCCGAGUCGGAAAGCAUUGUUUACAAAGUGUCUACGGUCUCCACAGUAUUUCACAUGUAUAAGACCAAAGUUCCUGUAUUUUGAAAAAGAGUAUUUAAAGCAGAAGUCCCCAGAAGAAUGGACACUGCGGAUGUUAAAAGGUUUCUCUGUAAGCCCUGAUGUCAUUUUCAGAGUCUUCUGCAGCAAAUUCACCCCAACGGCAGUCGGAAAGCUAAAGCAGGACUUGAAAGUGUUAGCUAGUACUGGGCCGCAGUCUCUCAGAGAUGGAAAAACUGAACAGACUAGACUGCCAAAAACUGCAUCACCAGCCAUACUCCUCUCUGUAAACACAUUGAGGGAGGCCGAGACUGGACUCAUGUCCUCUAGUGGUAACAUAGUACCAUCACAGCUAUCAGCUGAACCGAAAGUGACACCUGCUUUACAGGAGCAGUCCGACUAUAAAGCUGAAAUGGACAUGAGGGGCGAUAUAGAGUUCGAUUUAGAAUGGGAUGGAGUGAUUCUGACAGAGGAAGAACUGGAGCACAUCGAACAAACACUGAAGGAAAAGCCAAGUCCAGUGAAACAGAAGGGAAAAGAGUUUUUUGUCAGUGAAGGCAAGUUCCUGUAUAGUAUCUGA